AUGAGGGGACGAGGAGGGACGCAGGGAGGACUCGAGGGGGAGUUCGCGAGCAAGGCGAGGGUAGAGGUCGGGACGGGGUCGGACGCGCGCGACGCGGCGGCGGCGGCGGCGACGGGGGAAGAGGCGGAGGAGAAGAAGAAGAAGAAGAGCGAGUCCGCGGGAGCGGGGCGAGAGAUACCGCCGCCGAAACCGAAGAUGAGUAAGGCGGAGCGACGGGCGCUGCAAGAGUCGCAGCGCGCGGCGAAGGCGGCGGCGAAAGCGGGCGAAGGCGGCGCGCAGGGCGGCGCGGGAGCGAAGAAAUCGAGCGGCGGCGGCGCGAACGCCGAGGGUGGUGCGGUGAGCGGAAGCGCGGGGGGCGGUGCGAGCGGUGAAGCGAGCGGUGCGGUCGGCGCGAAUGAGGAGAAGAAGAAGAAGGCGGCUUCGACGAGCGCCUCCGUCGGUCUUCUCAGGAACGGGGUCUCGCACUUGCGCGGAACGGCGAAGGAUUACGUCCCGAGCGUCGUCGCGCAUCCCGCGGUGGAGCGAUUGGCGCUGAACUACGCGCGCGGAAAGACAAAGGGCGCUCGCGAGCGCGUGAGCGCGUUGUUGCGCGUGUUGCGCGUCGUGGUUGAGAAUUUCGAGGCCCCGGUCGACGCCACGUACGCGCUGUCGCUGACGCACCAUCUGAAUCAAGUCGUGCACACGUUGGAUAAGGCUCGUCCGAUGGGGAUCGCGAUGGGGAACGCCGUUCGGUCGUUGAAGACGCACUUGGCGCGCUUGUCUCGAGACGAAAACCAAGGCUUGUGCAACGACGGUUGCAAGCAGAAGACGUUGAUGCACAUCGACUACUUCAUCAAAGAAAAACUGGACGGCGCGUUGGAAUCGAUCGUGCGCGCGGGAGUGAAGAAUAUUGAAGACGGAGACGUCAUCGUGACGCACGGUGCGUCGCACGCGGUGCGCGAGAUUCUGUUGCGCGCGCACGAAGCUGGCGUCAAGUUCACCGUCACCGUCGUCGAUAGCCGUCCGUCGAGCGAAGGCGCGGGUAUUUUAAGCGACUUGUGCGCUCAGGGUAUCGAUUGCGUGUUCACCGCGCUCAACGGCUUGAGUUACGCGAUGCAACACGCGACCAAGGUGCUCAUCGGCGCCGCGGCGUGCCUUAGCAACGGUGUGGUGGUGUCUCGCAUAGGUUCCAGCGCCGUGGCGCACGCCGCGUUAGAGCAAGGCGUGCCAGUCUUCGUCGCCGCCGAGACGUGCAAGUUCCACGAGCGCGUGCAAUUCGACGCGUUCGCCUUCAACGAGAUCGGUGCCGCGGAGAGCAUCUCGCGCGUCGACGCCGUCGACGGAGUCCUCGCCUCUGCGGCAAAUUUGCCGAACCUCUCCAUCAUCAACCUCACCUACGACGUCGUCCCCGCAAAGUGCGUGCGGUCGAUCAUUUGCGAAGCCGGCGAAAUCGCGCCGGCGGACGUGCCGUGCUACACGCUCGCGCACUGA